UCUCAGGCCAAUAGAUAAUCACUCGCAAUGGGUUUGCACGUUUUUUGGCCCGCCACGGCCUGCCUGACGAUGUUCAUCGUUUGCGUCAUAAUCUUGAUGCUCAAGUAUGGCGCGCGUGUUUGCAAAUUGCGACACCAUGCGUUGCCGUCCGACCAAGAUUGGGAGGGUAAAGCAUAUUCCAGAAAGUUGUCCGUCUCCGUGGCGUGAGAACGGAUAGCACAAACUGUCCCGAAAAAGUCGCACCUCGAUACACGAUAUUUUCUACUGAAGAUGAAACUCAACAGAUAAUAAGACAAGACUGUCGAUUAGAAUUUUUAUUAACGUAAGUUCAGUACACGAACGAUGAAACAAUUUUGCAUUUACUCUUUUUUUCGGGACACGAAUCUCGUAUAUACUGUAUAUAAACAGUAUUAAUCAUGUAAGUUAAGCAACUGAUUCGAUAUUCCGUCCAUUUUACCUUCGUAAUAUGUCUGUCAUUAACGUAGAUACGUAUUUCUUCGGAAAUCAGUGUAAUAUGGCUGCUUAAGAAAUUUUUAUAAAAUCAAGCUAAUUAUUUAUACAGCAAUUUAUAUAGCACAUUACCGAAGGAAAAAAAUUUCAUACCCGUCCAUGCAUUUUUGAUGUUAUUUGAUAUACUCUUAUUCGAAAUGUUAAUGAUAUUAAUAAUCGAGCACUUUUGUAAUUUUUGUAUCGAUACAUUUUACAAAUAAAACGAGAGAUCUAUCUCCAGAGACUA